AUGAAUGACCCCACUAUGUUGCAACAAAUGUCAAGCAACCCUAUGCUUUUAAGCCGAGUUAUUGGUGCACAGAGUGGAGGUUUAAGAGCGGCACUUUUAGCGAAAAUGGCAGGCUAUGGUGGAGCUGCAGACGGAACAGCUUAUAACCCUCAAAGUCAAAUGAAUUUGAGUUCACUCAAAAAUCAAAUAACAGAUGUCAAAAAGUCAAACAUAGACAUACAGAAACAAAUAAGUGAAAACGAAAAGAAACUAGAAUAUGACAGACACACAAAGAAACUCAAUGAGUUAAACGUAGAGAAAAAGAAGAAAGAAGAACAACUGAAAGAACUAAGUACAGAGGAAUAUGCGAAAAAAGUGUCAGAAAAAGCAGCAGAAGUAGCAAAAAUGGAACAAGAUGUUAUAAAUUUGAAAAACCAUACUACUCAAUAUAAAGUACUGAAAGAUGAAGAGAUAAAACAAAAAGCCCUGAAGACAUAUAUGGAUAGCGAUGAGUAUAAAAAAGAAGUUGAAGCAAAUGUAAAGGCAGAAAAACUUUUACAGUUGCAAAACCAA